CAAUUUGCGCAAAAAUAAAAACGUUUAUACUUGCACAAGCGAGGCUUUCGUAGAACAAAGUGUGCCACGCUGUUGAGCAGCAGUUCCGCAACAGUUGUCUCUGGAAUCAUAUGUUUUUUUAAACCUUAAACAACACACAAAAAAAUUAUACAGCACAUUUUGUUUUUGUUUAGCUUCGAAAUGUGCGAGUUUGAAACCAAAAACGAUAAAUGUGGCUUUGAUAAGCAAUUUGCAAUAGACAUAAAUGGCAUAAGCACAGAGUUUGUAUUCCACGACUUCCAGAACAAAUGGAUGCUGCUGGUUACACAGCUGGGCAAAAUACCGGCGCUCUACAAUGUGACGUUCGAUGUGAAGCACGAGCAUCGGGUGCUGCCCUAUUUGCACGGCCCCGUGGACGAUCCGCAGUUUCAUGUUUCGGUGCCGGUGACAAUUAACUGUUGCAUGGGCAUCGACUCGGACGAGAUACGCGGCGGCAUUCAGUUCCUGAUCAAUAAGACGGCGCUCAACAAGUGCCCCACCGAGCUGCUAAUUGGGCUGGGCCUGAAGCGGCUGGACACAGCCGGCCUGAGGGCCAUAGCGCAAGUGUUGAAAAACGGCAUAUUUUGAGACCCAAUAAAAUACAGAAAAAUAUGGCAAUCAGUUGUAGUUAACAUUUUAUAUUUCCUCGCAUCUGUACAUUAAAACGUGUACGAAAAUUGGGGAGAAUAAAAACUUCACUUCACACACGCGACGGAUGUUGUUGGCGUUGUAUGAUUCUUGCUGCUGCUGCUGCUGUGGCUUAGUCGAACAGACCGAAGCCCAUGUCAUCGUCGGAGACAUCGGACUCCUCCUC